GUCAGACGGCAGAACUUCCGGUCGGCAUUUUGUUCUACGAGAGGAGAGCCUCUUGAUGAUCGCAACAAUCGUCAUAUUUCUCAUUUACUGUCGAAAUUGGCUGCGCUCCGUGUUUAUGUCGGCGCAGUCCGACUGAAACUCCGAAGAACGAAUGUUUCCCCAUGAAUGUACGCUGAAACAUUCACCCUCGAGUGACGGAAGAAGAACGAAUCGGUCCGACCCGGAUUAUUGUUGAUAGCUAGCAGGCUAGCUCAGCGGCUAGCUGGCAAGCCAAUCGAGUUCCUUCUGGAGGAGCUGCGAAAGAGAAGAAAGGGGGAGCUAGAGAUACGGACACGGACCCAAACCAAGCUAAAACAUUCCCCUCCCUUUGAACGCAACAUCCGAAGAUUGAAGGGGUAGGAUUGUUUUUCUCUGAAAUGUCAGUGAGUCCACCAGCGACUGCACAGAGUUCUUCGGAAAGGUGCCAGGAGAUGUGAGGACAGGUGUUGUCCAUCGACCCCCUGAUCUACCUGUGUAUCAACACACUCCCCCACCCUCACCUUCAGCAUGAAUGGGGAUAUGCCUCAUGUUCCCAUUACCACUCUCGCUGGGAUCGCUAGCCUCACAGACUUGCUGAACCAGCUUCCCCUCCCAUCCCCUCUACCUGCCACCACCACUAAGAGUCUCCUGUAUAAUGGGAGGAUCGCAGAGGAAGUUACCUGUCUACUGGGCUGUCGAGAUGAGAAUCUGGCAUCCCAGUUAGCUCAUGGCCUCAACCAGGUCUCCACAGAGCACAUAGAGCUGAAGGACAACCUGGGUAGCGAUGAGCCAGAGGGAGAUGCACCACUGUUGCUGCAGACCAUGCUGGCCAGGAACCCUGGCAUCUUCAGGGAGAAAAAUGUUAUGCAGCAGCCAAUGGUACCGCCAUUCAAGAUCACCCAGAAUUCCAUGCAUAGCCCUGCCCAGUCUGCAAACUACCAGCCAGCUGCAAUUUCUCCCAAUCCAUCAAGCCGGUUUGUGCCGCCCCAGACUGGUUCCAGUAGCCGGUACAUGGGCCAGCAGAACAGCCCGGUGCCCAGCCCCUACACUCCUCAGAGCCCGGCCACUGGUUACAUCCAGCAGUAUCCACACCAACAGCCACCCAGCUACAACCAACACCAACAGAUACAACAAGUGUCUGUGGCCAGUCCCAUGGUGCCCGGUGGGAUACGAAAUAUCCACGAGGGCAAAGUGCCAGGGCAAAUGGCCAACGCUGCCAACCACCACUCAGACAGACACGGUACUGAAGACUACCUGAACAUCGUACACCGACUGGGCAGUGAGGAGGGCGACUCUGCCAUGAGGAAUCCUUCUUUCCCGUUGAGGUCUCCUCAGUCGGGCUGCUCCCCAGCAGGAAGUGAAGGCACGCCAAAACCGGGUUCUCGUCCCCCCCUGAUUCUCCAGUCGCCGCCUCCCUACGCGCCUUCACCAAGGGACGGAGGCUCUGACCAGAAACAGCAGCUUCAGCAGCGGAAGAAAACCCUGACAGUGAAAGAGGAGAAAGACAUGUAUGACAUUGUUAGCUCUCCAAACAAGGACUCAACAAAACUCACCCUCAAGUUGACCCGAGUCAAGUCCAAUGAGUCUGAUCCUGCAGGGGAUGUUGUUGGUAGCAUGGACCAGAACUCGGACAACAUGGAAACAGAGCUGGGCUUUCAGCAUGUGCCUGUUCUCCAGCAAAAUCUCGGCGCCAGACUGCAGCAGCAGAUUUCCCAGCAGGCAGGUGGUGCCAGCGGUCUCCAGCCUCCCAGUUCUCCGUAUGACGAAGCGGAGCUGGAUGCCCUUGCUGAAAUUGAAAGGAUAGAACGAGAAGCGGCGAGUGAAAAGUGUUCUAAGGAGGUGCAAGACAAAGACAAGCCACUAAAGAAGAGAAAACAGGACUCUUUUCCCCUGGAACCAGGAGCCGGGGGACCCGGUGGCCCCACAGGUGCCCCAGGCAGUGGAUCAACAGGAGGGGGCAAUGCUGGCAAACUGACCCCACAAGAAGCCACUGCAGCUGGGAACAGUGCCAACCGCCCGCCCCUCAUGGUGAGCAUCGACCUCCAGCAGGCAGGCCGGGCCGACGGCCAGCUCGACCCCUGUCUGGCCGCCCCUAUCCCCGCCCUCGAGGCCCAGCGCUGGCCCGAGGAACCAGCUAGCGGGCCGGCCGCAGUGGAGGGCUCUGACACGGCGUUGAGGUUGAAGCCGGACGGACGGCCCGAAGUCAUCAAGAACAGGGUCGAUAAACAUGACAGCAGGAGAGAAGGUCGGGAGUCAUCAAAGCACCGACACGAUGAGAAACCCUCAGACAGACGGGGAGAGAUGCCAAAGUCAUCAAACCGAGGGGAUCACGGACGAGACAGGGACUGCGAUUCUGACAGGGAUAGAAGGCACCGGAGUGAGGCUGGCGGCCGAGACAGGCGGUCCCCGGACCCUCGCUGCCGUAGUGAUCGCGAUAGGUCUGGCUUUCGGGCUUCUUCCACUGGAGAGCCCGGUCGGAGCAGCAAUAGGCCAGAUGGUUCCAAACCGGCCUCGUCUGCCUCUGGGGCUAAGCUUCCAGAUUCUUUCCCUGCUCAGCUCCUCGGAGGGCAUAGUGGCGCACUGAGGAACUUCCAGAUCCCUAAGAUCAAUCGUGAUAAGGACGGCAGCGCGUCAACAGAAAGUCAGAUGUGGGGCCAGCCUAAGGUCAAAUUGGAGAGGCUUGGUUUGGUGCAAGACUUUGAGAAGCGACCCAAACCUGUAGUGCUUGUGAAAAAGCUUUCUGUUGACCAGAUCCAAAGGAUCAUUCGGCACAGCAAGUCUGGAAAGAACAGGAUCUCCUCAGGAAAGUCCGGGAAAAGCGGUAUGGACCCGGCAGUCCUAAAAGAACUGCCGCCAGAGCUGCUGGCAGAGAUCGAGUCCACCAUGCCUCUGUGUGAGAGGGUGAAGAUGAACAAGAGAAAACGAAGCACUGUAAACGAGCGGCCGAAAUAUGCCGAGGUCAGCUCUGACGACGACUUCGAUGCAAACGGAGAGUCUGCGAGAAAGCGGCAGCGACGAGACAAAGACAGAAGUUGGGAGUUCGAAGAAAGGGAGCGACGGGGUUCAGGGGAACAUCGGAAAAGCGGGCAACGAGACGGCCGGCGAGGAUCCGGGAGCCGCUACCGAGACUCCUCUGAGGAAGACUCGCCACCUCCCAGCAUGAGCGAAGUGGCCAGAAAAAUGAAGAUGAAAGAGAAGCAGAAGAAACGGAAAGCGUAUGAACCCAAGCUGACUCAAGAAGAAUUGAUGGACUCGUCCACUUUCAAGCGAUUCUUGGCGAGCAUCGACAACAUCCUAGAAAAUCUGGAGGAUGUGGAUUUCACUACCAUGGCAGCAGACGACGAUGAGAUACCUCAGGAAUUGCUUCUUGGUAAACACCAGUUGAAUGAGCUGGGCAGCGAGUCUGCCAAGAUUAAGGCCAUGGGAAUCUCCAGCAGGAUCCCAUCGGACAAGUUAGUGAAGCUCCUGAACAUCCUGGAAAAGAACAUUCAAGACGGGUCCAAGCUCUCUACUAUGAUGAAUCACGACCAUGAUGCUGAAGAUGAGGAGAAGCUGUGGAGAGACCUGAUCAUGGAGAGAGUCACCAAGUCCGCAGACGCCUGUCUAACAGCCCUGCACAUCAUGACCUCAGCGCACAUGCCAAAGGCGGUCUACAUCGAGGACGUCAUCGAACGGGUGUUACAAUACACCAAGUUCCACCUUCAGAACACGCUGUAUCCACAGUACGAUCCAGUCUACAGGGUGGACCCUCACGGAGGUGGCAUGUUGAGCUCCAAGGCAAAGCGUGCAAAAUGCUCCACCCACAAGCAGCGCGUCAUUGUCAUGUUGUACAACAAAGUGUGCGACAUCGUCAGCAACAUCUCUGAGCUCCUAGAGAUCCAGCUGCUCACAGACACCACCAUCCUCCAGGUUUCCUCUAUGGGUAUCACUCCGUUCUUUGUGGAGAAUGUCAGUGAGCUGCAGCUGUGUGCCAUUAAACUCGUUACAGCGGUGUUCUCACGGUAUGAGAAGCAUCGGCAGCUGAUCCUGGAAGAAAUCUUCACCUCUCUGGCCAGACUGCCCACCAGCAAACGCUCCCUCAGGAAUUUCAGGCUAAACAGCUCAGACCAGGAUGGAGAACCGAUGUACAUCCAGAUGGUCACGGCGCUGGUGCUGCAGCUGAUCCAGUGUGUCGUCCACCUCCCAAACGACAAGGACAAUUUCGAAGAGUACGACUCAAAGGUGGAUCAGGACGUGUUGAUCACCAACUCCUAUGAGACGGCAAUGAGAACAGCACAGAAUUUCCUCUCAGUCUUCCUCAAAAAAUGUGGCAGCAAACAGGGAGAAGAAGAUUACCGGCCAUUAUUUGAGAACUUUGUCCAAGACCUGCUCUCGACAGUGAACAAGCCAGAGUGGCCGGCUGCUGAGCUGCUGCUCAGUCUGCUCGGUCGACUGCUGGUUCACCAGUUCAGUAACAAGCAGACGGAGAUGGCUCUGAGAGUCGCUUCUCUGGACUACCUGGGCACCGUGGCUGCCCGUCUGAGGAAAGAUGCAGUCACGAGCAAAAUGGACCAGAGAUCGAUUGAUCGUAUCCUGCAAGAGUCGCCGGGCAGUGAUGAGACCCAGCAGCUGCAGAAAGCUCUCCUGGACUACUUGGAGGAAAACGCUGAGACAGACGCUUCCCUGGUGUUUGCCAGGAAGUUCUACAUAGCUCAGUGGUUCCGAGACGCCACGACGGAGGCCGAGAAGUCCAUGCGGAACCAGAAUCCGAAGGACGAGGACUCCUCGGACGGACCACAACACGCAAAGGAGAUUGAAACGACCGGUGAAAUAAUGCAGCGUGCUGAAAAGCGCAAGAAGUUCCUGCGCACCAUCAUCAAGACCACGCCGGCUCACUUCGCCACAUUGAAAAUGAACUCUGACACUGUGGACUAUGACGACUCCUGUCUGAUCGUGCGUUAUUUGGCCUCCAUGAGGCCGUUCGCUCAGAGCUUUGAUAUUUAUUUAACACAGAUCUUACGAGUCCUUGGUGAAAGUGCCAUCGCCGUGAGGACGAAAGCCAUGAAAUGUCUGUCUGAGGUUGUGGCUGUGGACCCCAGCAUACUUGCACGGUCCGACAUGCAGCGCGGCGUUCAUGGCCGUUUGAUGGACAACUCCACCAGUGUGAGAGAGGCAGCUGUAGAGCUGCUGGGCCGGUUUGUGCUCAGCAGACCCCAACUCACUGAACAGUACUAUGACAUGCUCAUAGAGAGAAUACUGGACACUGGUAUCAGUGUAAGAAAACGGGUGAUCAAGAUCCUGAGAGACAUUUGUCUGGAGCAGCCGACCUUCAGUAAGAUCACCGAGAUGUGUGUGAGGAUGAUCCGCAGGGUCAACGAUGAGGAGGGCAUCAAGAAAUUGGUGAACGAGACAUUCCAGAAGUUGUGGUUUACUCCAACUCCAGCUCAUGACAAAGAGACCAUGACCAGGAAGAUUCUCAACAUCACCGAUGUGGUCGCAGCAUGUCGAGACACCGGCUAUGACUGGUUCGAGCAGCUUCUUCAAAAUCUUCUGAAAUCUGAAGAGGACGCCUCGUAUAAACCAGCCAAGAAGGCCUGCGUUCAGCUUGUGGACAAUCUGGUCGAGCACAUCCUGAAAUAUGAGGAAUCUCUUGCAGAAAACAAAGGUGUGAACUCCACCCGGCUCGUGGCAUGUAUCACCACCUUGUACUUGUUCAGCAAGAUCAGGGCCCAACUCAUGGUCAAACACGCCAUGACCAUGCAGCCAUACCUGACCACAAAGUGUAACACUGCCAAUGAUUUCAUGGUCAUCUGUAACGUGGCGAAGAUCUUGGAGCUGGUCGUGCCUCUGAUGGAGCACCCCAGUGAGACGUUCCUCGCCACCAUUGAAGAAGACCUCAUGAAGCUCAUCAUCAAAUAUGGCAUGACGGUGGUGCAACACUGCGUGAGCUGUCUGGGAGCUGUCGUCAACAAAGUCACACACAACUACAAGUUUGUGUGGGCCUGCUUCAACAGGUUUUAUGCUGCACUCAACAAGUUGAAGGUUCAGCAUCAGGAAGAUCCAAACAGCACAACGUUGGUAGCAAACAAGCCUUUCCUGCUGCGAUCGCUCUUCACUGUGGGGGCGCUGGCCCGGCACUUCGACUUUGAUCUGGAGGAGUUCAAGGGCCCCAACAAGGUUGUCAUCAAGGAGAAAGUUCUUGAGCUGCUGCUGUACUUUACCAAACAUGAAGAUGAGGAGGUCAAGACGAAAGCCAUCAUUGGCUUAGGUUUCCUUGUGAUCAUGCAUCCCAGCCAAAUGUUUGUGCCUGAGGUGAAGGCCUUGUACAACGGCAUCCUGGCUGACCACGCCUCCUCCAUCAACCUCAAGAUCCAGAUCCUGAAAAACCUCCAGAUGUACCUCCAAGAGGAGGACACACGAAUGCAGGAAGCUGACAGAGAAUGGAAGAAACUGUCCAAACAGGAGGAUCUGAAGGAGAUGGGAGACAUUUCAUCAGGGAUGAGCAGCUCCAUUAUGCAGCUUUAUCUGAAACAGGUGUUGGAGGCGUUCUUCCACACCCAGUCCAGCGUGCGGCACUUUGCUCUCAACGUCAUAGCUCUCACACUCAACCAGGGCCUCAUUCACCCUGUCCAGUGUGUCCCCUACCUCAUUGCAAUGGGAACAGACCCAGAGCCCAGCAUGAGGAACAAAGCCGACCAGCAGCUGGUGGAGAUCGACAAGAAGUACACCGGAUUCAUCCAUAUGAAGGCAGUGGCCGGGAUGAAGAUGUCAUAUGGUUUGCAACAAGCCAUCAACUCGUCUCGUAAAUCAAUCAUCAGAGGCUUCAGACAGGACGAGACCCACUCGGCGCUCUGCUCCCACCUCUUUUCAAUGAUCCGGGGGAACCGGCAGCACCGGAGGGCUUUCCUCAUUUCACUGCUGAACCUCUUCGACGACAGCGCGAAGACUGAAGUGAACAUGCUGCUGUUUGUCGCGGACAACCUUGCUUGUUUCCCAUAUCAGAGCCAAGAGGAGCCUCUUUUCAUCAUGCACCACAUAGACAUCACCCUGUCCGUCUCUGGCAGCAAUCUGUUGCAAACAUUUAAAGAGCUUCUGCUGAAAGAGCCGAGGUGUAAAGAGAAGAAGCCGAGGAAGGAGUGGAAAAACACGUCGGACGGGGAGGACGAGGAGGAACGGAUGAACUGCAACUCUCCCCGCAGUGACAAUGAAGACCGCAGCAACAGUGACGACGACGAAGACAGAGACGGCGGCGACGACGCGGUACGGCGGCCCAAAAAGACCUCGAAGCGAGCGAACCCGGAGAGCUCCGAGUCCGAAUCCGACCUGGAAGACUUGGACGUGGAGGAUGCGGAGAAAGUGAUGAGACUCCUUCCAGACAAUCCCACCGCUCUCUUGGACUUCGCCAACGCCGUUCAGGGAAUCCUCCUGCUGCUGGUGCUCAAGCAGCACCUGAAGAACCAGUAUGGAUUCUCAGACAGUAAAAUUCAGAAAUACUCUCCGACCGAGUCGGCCAAGGUGUACGACAAGGCGGUGAACAGGAAAAACAAUGUUCACUUCCACCCACGGCAAACCAUCGACUUCAUUUCCAACAACAUCGCUCAUGCCACCCUGACCCAGGAUGUAAAGAAGCGGAUAGUCAGACAGUACCUCGAUUUCAAGGUUCUGAUGGAACAUCUGGACCCGGAUGAGGAGGAUGAGGAGGGAGAAGCAUCUGCGAGCGCCAACAUCAGAAAUAAAGCCAUAAAUGCUCUGCUGGGAGGAUCGGGACCCUUGUCAGGACCCAGUCCGCGCAAUCAGGCGGGACCAGAGACGGACGACGACGACAGUGACAGCGACGAUAGGACUCCAGGGUCCUCUCGGAGGUCAAGGCGAGCUGGCGACUCCUCGGAUCCCGGCCGCAUGAGCGAGACGGUGGACACUAUGGAUGUGAUCGCCCUUUGCUGUCCGAAAUACAAGGACCGGCCGCAGAUAGCCCGGGUCGUCCAAAAGACCCCCAACGGAUACACCAUCCACUGGAUGGCCGGCUCGUACUCGGGGCCGUGGGCGGAGGCAAAGAAGCGAGACGGUCGCAAACUGGUGCCUUGGGUGGACACUAUUAAGGAGUCGGACAUCAUUUACAAGAAGAUUGCCUUGACCAGCAACCACAAACUGAGCAACAAAGUAGUACAGACUUUACGCUCGUUGUAUGCAGCGCGGGAAGGAGGGGCUAGCUAAUGCCUCCCGUGUGUUUUUUUUUUUUUUUUUUUUUGUUUUUGUUUUUGUUUUGUUUUUGUUUCUUUUUGUUCCCCUUUUUUCCAUUUCUACUUCAUCGAAAAAUCCUCCUCUUCCCCGUUCCCACUCCUCCUCCUCCUCCUCUUCCUCAACCUGCCACCUCCAACAACACAGCCAAACUUCACUGGAUUCCUACCCUCCUCCUCCCCUCUCUUCCAUUUUUGUAAGAAAAACACCAGAGGGCAAGAAUAUUUGACACUACAUACUUUUACAUGAGUUAUUCUUGCAAAAAAAAAAAAAAAAAAAAAACCGACACAAAACAUAAGACUUAUAUUAGAGGGACUUCUCAUGUUUUGUUUGUGUUCAAGUGCAGAGGAUAGAAUCCUGAAGGCAUUAAAGGAAUAAUUCGCCCAAAUUAUCCCUUAAAAGGCUUAACUGAAAAGAGACCUGGAGGGAAAUGUUUUGUCAACAUUGUUGUGGGAGCUCCUUCGCUGUUGUGCAGCAGAUUCUAGUCGCUCAUUUCUACUCCCACUGUAUCAUAGUUUAACACGACAAAAACUAAAAUGUUUAUAUCUCUGAAGAAAAAAAAGCUGUAAAAAAAAAAAAAAAGAAUAAAACCUUAAGUGAAUGUUGGAAAUUAGUCUUUUUGAUGUUCUUAUUAAA